AUGAGCAGUAGCGCGCGCGUCAUUGACGCUCUAUUUGAGCGUACGGUCGACAUCGUGCAGUCGCUUCCGCCAAGUGGUCCGAUUCAAACGUCGUUCGAGGAGAAGCUCGCGCUCUAUGGACUGUACAAGCAGGCCACAGAAGGAGAUAUCACGUCCCGCCGUCCGGGGAUGUUUGAUAUGCUGGGACGCGCGAAAUGGGACGCAUGGGAGCGUCAGCGGGGAUACACGACGCAAGACGCAAAGCAACUGUAUGUUGAGAGCAUGCUGAAAGUCUUGCGCCGUUUCGAAGAUCGACCGUUGGCUAUAUCACUUAUGGCAGAGCUGGAGGCGUAUAGCGGCGACGUGGCAGAGCAAGUGAUGAGCGGUACCCUUGCCGAAACGGCCAGUGUCGUAUCGUCCAGCGUAGAUCAUAGCCCAUCUCAGCGGGCAUACGGAUCCAUGGUCCAGGAUGACAACGAAACAGAUGACGAUGAACACCCGGAGCUCUUGCACAGGCAGCUUCAGGAGGCACACGAUGCACGACACCGAGUUCUUUCGUCGUCCAACGGCACGAACACGACCCAAACGAACAGUGGCUCCCACGAAACUGUCACUGUGAGUGACAUGCCACAGGACGUUUCUACAUGGGGCAAGGCGCAGGCUCCGCAUGCGUCAACGCGAAGACCUGGCGUCCUCUCACAGCCCCCAGCCCCGCCUCGACCUUCUGCGCAUCCACGUCGCUCCGCAGUGCGCGCAGAAGACUCAGUGAUAGGCAGUGAACGUGGCGGGACACCAUCUUUCACUUCAGCACAAGAAACGCGUUCCGUGCAUAACGGACCGAUGGGCCGUUACACGCCGUCAGCGAGUGGCCGGUCGAGUGUGAAGGGAGGCGUGCCACCGACGUCACGCUCAGCAGCAGCCUACAAAUCGACCUCCUCGGCGCCGCGUGGACUGCGAGCGCAAAGCGCUGAGUUGGAUCAGACACUUCGUGCAAUGCAAGCAUCGCUCACCACACUUACAGAGCGGCUGGAGCGCACAGAAUCGACACUCGCGCGCCGUGAAUCCAAGAGCUUGCCACGCCUUUUUCUGCAUCAUACCAUGGCGGCAUCAUACGCCACUUUACAGGAUAUUGGCGCGUUUUUGGGACUGGUCAUGCGACCUGACGAUACACCCACGCCGAGCUACGAGGCGUGGCGUGCACAUGGCCUGAGGUCGUCGAAGCCAUACUCGUUGUGGCCACUCAUCCGCUCUCCUUUCCAGUUCGCCGCGUUGGUGGUGGGACUUGUCUUGCGCAUCCUGCUUGACCUUUCGUCGUUGUUUGUCGUGGCUAGCUUAUUGGUGGCGGCGCUGCGACAGAUAUCGGGACGAGGUGAUCCAUGGAUCGCGCUACGUUUGCUAGGUCGCAUGAAUACGCGACUGACUUUUCUGGCCAAUGCAGCCAAUCGGCGUGCGUUUGUGCGUGCGCUGUUAGCAAGCGUUGUGCUGGGCGGCGUCACACUCGAGUCGACAAGAAACUUGACGCACUAG